AGGAAUAUGAGGGACCUAGCAACUGAACUCAACAUACCCCAGCUCCUCAAUAUCUUGUGCCAUUUUCUUCAAUUGCAGCUUCAGCAUGACAAUCAUGAUCCAGAAGAUGUCCCCUUGGGUGAAUAUCCCUUUUAUGAUGGAUCUGUCUGUGUUUACAACUCUGCAUCCUCAAUGUUCUAUGCACCCAGUGAUGUGAGUGGCCUCCAUGGCAUGUGUCACAAACAUAUAUGUUGUUCCUCUCUGUGGAGGAAUGAAGGCCCC